AUGGUUUUUUCGUAUGAGCAUUAUAUGAAUCUACUUUUCCAUUUGGAUAAUAGUGAAGAGAUAGUGCCUCCGGAGAUUGCGAAAAGGAUAGUUUCUAAUGCUAUAGCUCCGGUGAUAACAGUUACUUCCACCCCACUUUUUGACAAACAUAUUCAGGAGACGUACAAUGUCGAUUCUCUGUACAUGCUGCUACGAUUCUUCGGUGGUUGUGUCUCUGACAGAGAUCAAGCCAAUGAAGGUAAAGUUGGACCCAAUGAACAUGAGGUGAGUGAUACUAGCGUCUCAAUGGAAUCGCUUUCCAAAAAUCAAAACUUAGGAGUCCCCAAUGCGUUGAAGAAAGGUAGCCGCAGCAGGUCAAAUAGUCUUUUCCAGAGGGAUUCAACGCAAUCUCAGUAUAUUAGAUUUACAAGACCGUUGGGUGAUCUGAUCGAAACAAGGGACACCAAUGAUAUGCUGUUUAAUUAUCAUUCUUUGGAAGUGUAUUUAGAUAAUUAUUUGAAAUUAGUUACCGAAAAUACGAAUGAAACGGCUCCCCACGAUCUUUUAAAGAAGUCCAUUUACCAUAGUUUUUUUUCGUUGGCAAUUUCUUCCACAAAUAACUUAUCACCUUACGAAACCUUUAAUCAUCCGAUCCUUUCCUUGAUUGCAUUAGAUAUUUCAAAUGGUGAAGUAUAUGAGGAUGCAAGAGAUCUUUUGGUUAAUUUCAAGAACCUUAAUCAUAACACCGAAAACUUUCCUAUUUUCAUGAAUACAAAUGAAAUGCUUCCAGUUUUCUUAAUAUGCUAUAAUGACGAAUCCCAAGAAGAAUUCGAAAAAUGUCAGGCUUUGGCUAAAAAAUUAAAAAAACAAUUGUUUGUCGAGAGCAUUUUUUUACCCCUCUGGAAAGAAUCUUUCAUUGACGAUGAAAACUCAAGUAUUAAAUUGCAUCAACCAGUGAUGUCAUCGCUUGAAGAAAUACUUUUCUUUCUACAGGCUCCAACUCAAACAACGCUUUCCCUACCUUUGAUAAAUUCAAUUUAUGAUAUUCUCGACUAUUUGGUUUACGAUUUAAUGAUACCGUUUAUGAAGAGAAAAGUGUCAUUUUGGGAAGAGACGAUCUUACAGCCAAGAAAGUCGCUGUUUAAUGGUGCAAAAUUUUUCAAAAAAUUCAUGAAUAAGAAUCCUGCCAACGGCAGUCAUCAACAUAACUCUCUAACGAGAGACCGCCAAGGUAAUGAGUAUUUUUCAUCUUCAUCUUCUGAAUUUUUGAUGAGGAAAUUGGCAGAUUGGUCUAUGAUGCUCUCCGACUUCAAAACUGCCUAUUCCACAUACGAAUCACUAAUGGACGAUUUAGAUGCUUUUCCCAAAUAUCUGGCUUCGUGCAUUGAAUGGUGCGCAGUAUCACUGCUGAUGGGCGCACAAAGCAUAGUCACCGUGAAGAUGAUUAAAAAUGAUAUAAAUCCCUUAAUUGAGAGAGCUUUGGCCACAUACGAAAAGUGCUCGCAAAUUCAGCGUCAUAAAGGCAAAGAGUUGUCCUCUUCAAGCGUUACAGAGCCUGUACGUUCAUAUGAGACGCGUUGUAUGAUUUUGGCUUCUGAGUUAUUUUUAUCUUUAAGUGAUACGUGGACGUCUACACCUUAUGCUAUUCAGUAUCUGGAAACUAUUUUAGAUGAGUGUAAGUUGGGACCCUGCUCACAAAUCAUGAUUUGGGAGAGACUCAGUGACUGCUAUAAUUUGAGAGUUGACCCUAGAAUUAAACAUAGAGUUGGAGUGAUGAAAAAAAGCUUUAAGGAAACUGAGGACCUCCGAAAUGGCGACGAGCACUACACAGACCAUUUUAUAGAGGAAGACAUAUUAUCCGAGGGCUUAACAAGAAGACGCAAGGCAGCUUUUUUUAGAUUAAUCGCAGCCAAGAAAUGGGCAGAACAAAAACACUGGAGGCAGGUUUCUUGGUGUUUGAAAGACAUUGAAAGCACGUAUUCAGAGAUAAAAUUUUUACAUUGUAAUGACUCAAUCUUAAGUAAGUUGAAGAGUCAACUCAAUCUAAAGGAUCUGGAUUCAGCGCCAGGACCAACCGAGAAAAAUCCAACUACGACAAGCAUUAAUUUUAUAGAAUGA